UACGUACAUAUUGACGUACAUACUCACAUGUAUUAGACAUCUGCUCGACACGUUUGCAGUUGUUCAGCAUGGAUGCAAAAAUUCUUCCGAGUCUUUUGAGCUUGAAGGUGGCUCCUCCAUCAGAGUUGUCAAGUCAGAAUGUUGAUAAUGGUGUUGGAGAUGAAAACAGUGACUCUGUUAAAUUACCAGCUGCUUUAGAACAAGCUCUGGCAUUUAAAACAGAGAGAGCCAAGGAAGUAGGCGGAGAUCCAAAUGACAUUGUUUCUAUAAGUAAAUCACCAAAUGAUGAUCGUGAGGAUGUUUCUCAUAUAGAAGACGUUAUGUCAGAACUGGAACCAGCGACCGAGAAAGUAGAAUCCAAAUCCAGCAAGACGAAAAAGAAGAAAAAGUCAAAGAGGAAAAGGCACAAUGCAGAAAAGAAGGACUCUGAACAGAAGAAGGAUAGCAUGGAAGAAGGCAAGAAUAAAGAUAAUAUGCCCGAGAUAGAGUAUAUACAGGAGAUACCAAGUAUAAGCGACUUAGAGCCUAUGUAUCGUCAAUUUGCCAGAGUCUUUGAAGCAUUUAAACUGGUGGAGCCAGAACCGAGUCCGAAUGAUGCAGCUGAUAAGGGCGAACCUAUCGGACAGUAUCCACCAGUAACAAAUAUACAAUCCUCUGGCACUGGCAUACCAAGUAAGGUACCAUUGUUGGACGACUUUGAUGAUGAGGGGAAUCAGCAACAGCAGCAACAGGGCACAGGAGAGAACGGUGCGCCGCGUUUGUCUAAGCGCAAGCUCAAAAGAUUGACACGACUGAGCGUGGCGGAAUUGAAGCAACUGGUAGGUCGUCCUGAUGUCGUAGAGAUGCACGAUGUUACUGCGCGAGAUCCAAAGUUACUCGUGCAGUUGAAAGCACACCGAAACACAGUUCCGGUGCCGAGGCAUUGGUGCUUCAAGCGUAAGUAUCUUCAAGGCAAACGAGGAAUAGAGAAACCGCCGUUUGAUUUACCAGACUUUAUAAAACGCACCGGGAUCACGGAGAUGAGGGCAAGCUUGCAAGAGCGCGAUGACACACGUACGCUAAAGGCAAAGAUGCGAGAGCGAGCGCGACCCAAACUAGGAAAGAUUGACAUUGAUUAUCAGAAAUUACAUGACGCAUUCUUCAAGUGGCAGACUAAGCCACGUAUGACGAUCCACGGCGAUCUCUAUUACGAGGGUAAAGAAUUUGAGACGCGCUUGAAGGAGAAGAAACCUGGAGAGUUAUCAGAUGAGCUGCGUACAGCUUUAGGUAUGCCAGUGGGACCAAAUUGUCAGAAAGUACCACCGCCAUGGCUCAUAGCUAUGCAACGUUAUGGGCCACCGCCGAGUUAUCCAAAUCUCAAAAUACCCGGUUUGAACGCACCUAUUCCAGAGGGUUGCGCGUUCGGCUAUCACGCGGGUGGAUGGGGAAAACCGCCAGUAGACGAAACAGGAAGGCCACUCUACGGAGACGUGUUUGGUAUAUCGCGCACAUCUGGUGCGGAUGCGAUGGAUGAGGAAGUAGACCGGGGAAUGUGGGGUGAACCUGAGUCAGAAUCAUCAGGUGACGAGGACGAGGAUGAGGAUGCUGAGGAGGGUGGCGAAGGUGGCGACGGUGAAGGAAAGGAUGGAGAUGGAGAUGCUAGCGGAUUGGUUACUCCCGGUGCUGAGGGCCUGAUCACACCGAGCGGCAUCACGUCGAUCCCAGCAGGUUUAGAGACUCCAGAGACAAUUGAGCUGAGGAAAAAGAAGAUUGAAAGCGAGAUGGAAGGCGGUGACACACCCGCGCUCUAUACAGUGCUACAAGAACGACGCACGGAGGGUCUAGGCGCUAGUAUGAUGGGCAGUACCCACGUAUACGAUAUGACAGGUGCGGCAGGUGGCCAGGCACCGCCGUCCGUGAUCGCUGCACGUCGCAGUGCCAUCAGCGGCAGCGCAAGCGAUGCUCGAGCGGAGAAAGACGGCGCAGUGGAAUUGACAUUGGAUCCUAGCGAAUUGGAUCUUGACUCCGAGGCAAUGGCAUCCAGGUAUGAGGAAACAAUGAGGUCAAGACAAGCACAUCUCAGGAGAGAAGACUUGUCAGACAUGCUGCAAGAUCAUGUACAACGACAGAAGAGCAAACGCAAACGCCAGCAAAUCCAAGAUACAAAGACAUCCAAGAAGUAUAAAGAAUUCAAAUUUUAA